AUGCCACUUUUUCGGAAAUCCAAGAAACCGGUCGAUAAAGGCUUGAGCGAUCUUCCCGAGGAAGUGGAUGAGAACUAUGAAACAAAUAAUCCUGCAGCUUUGUCCCCCGAAGAAAAAGAAGAGGAAGAGGCUCGAUUGCGAGGCACACGACAAAAGAUGCGCAACAGCAAGGACAACAAUCGAUCUCCCUCUACACGACUGCAAGAAGCCGAGAUACGGCGGAAUCAAAUGAAAUUGGCUCGACAAAUACCAGAAGAUAAUAAUAAUGCAGAAGAAGAAGAAAACGAAGAUGCUGCCAAAAUAGAAACCUUGUUGGGUGUUACCGAAACAGGUUGCUGUAAGAAACAUACCAUGUUUUUGAUUCGAUCCGGUUCGGUGGAAAAAUCCAAUCGAUUCGAAACCAUUUUGGAUUGCAAAUUGUGUCGGCAGGAUUCCAUGCAAGUCCAACAAGAAAAGAAGGAUCAAUUGUAUCGGUUUGUCGAUGCAGCUACCGGCCAAGUCAAACAAUUCUUUAAAAAUCCCACCAAGAUGAAAUGGAAGGACAAGAAGAAUCAGGGAACCUACAAAAGUGACGAAGGAGAUAUCGAUGGGGCCUGGAAGGAGCAAGCUUCCUUGAGGUUGGAUCAAGUCUUGACUUGGGACAUUGAUAAUGGUCCCCUCAAGAGUAAUCCGCAAUAUGCCAAGUACUUUCGAAUGAUCAAAGAUGGUUCCGAUGUGCGAGCAGUCCGGGAAAUCUGCAAAAAGGAUGGCAUGAAUCCGCGGGUAUUGGAUUUUGAUCCCUUUCUACCGUUAGAACAACAAUUGAACGAAUCCACAGUACUGUCGCAGACGACCAAGGACGAAAUUCGGUUGAGUGCCUUGGGAGAAGGAACCACUCCCGAAGAAUUGUACGAGGCAGUGAAUAAUUUACACAAGCUAUAUGUCAAGAAAUACAACAAGGAAAUUGCGUCGAGGCCGCCUCCGACGCCAAGGGGAAUCAGUCCGACCAAGAGUUUGGUCAACAGCAUUGCCAGCAGCUUUGCGAUUCGACCAACCACUGUUAAGAAGGAGGCAGCGCCAAUCACCGAAUUACCAUCCUCCUCUUCUGCCGCCAACAACUCCAUGCAACCAAAUAGCAUGGCAACUCCUGUGAUUGCGACACCCGUCAAGGCGACACCGGUUCAAAACAAAUCAUCGUCCGGGAAACCAAUAAAGAAAGCCACGCCAAAAAUGCCAAUGGAUGAAAAGGAAUUUUUGAGAGAAAAGGAAAUGCAAGAGAUUCGAGAAUUGCAUCAGGAUCAGAGAGAGGCGAAAGAAAGAAGACGAGAGAAGAGAAAGGUGGACAAGUUGACUGGUCUUGUUAAGGGCAAAAAUCAAAAGCGCAACCUCAAGUUGCUGCGGGCAAUGGAACAACUGGAAUUGACCAAAGAUCAGCUUCUUGGCGUUCGACUAAAAGUUGACGAAAAGAAUGCCCAGGGUACCGACUUGAUUGCUCAAAUUCAAAUGCUUCAAAUCCAGUUUGACGAAAGGACCAAAUACCAAAAGGCCCUUUCCACACGAGUUAAUGACUUGCGAAAGGAACGGGGCAUGCCCCCAAGACAAGCACGGCGUAUGCCUCCAAGACGUGUGGAGUCAACGGAUGACACUUCCACCGGAUCAUAUGAUGGAUUUGGUGAAUACUCCCCUAGGCAAAAAAGUGACCGCAGCCUGGGAUCAUCCGUUCCUAUACCCUUGGCUCCCGGUGAUUAUGAUGAUAAGAUGAUAUCCAUUAGCGACAAGCUUCGAGCCGACGACGAUGACGAAGAAAACGAAAAUGACACACCGAGGACAAGGAAGCGAAAGUCGGCAAGAAGUGGCCGCCGAAGGCGCAAGUCCAAUACUACCGUGGCAUCGAAACGAUCGGUGGCUUCCAAACGUCGCGAACCCAAUUUCGAUCCGGAGUUCUUGAUUGAAAAGUUCCAAGAGGCAAUCCGAAAGUUAAUUACGAUCAACCGAUUCUUUCAACAAGCCAACGAUCUGGCCAUGGCCAAAGAGUCUAACGUGGACCAGAAGAGUUUUGGUAUGCGCAAGAGUGUGUUGACUGACUUGGUAUUGCCCGAUUUUAAUGAGGACGAGGAGUGGGAAUACUACGAUGUGGAAAUUGAGGAAGACGAAGAUUUUGAUGAGGAUGAAUUUGACGGCGAUGAGUCUACUGUAGACAGCUUAGGCCCGUUGCCAUCAUUUGGAAGAAAUUCUCUUCAGAGCAUGCCCUUGUUUAGUCCAGCUGGCAAGAACGGUCGAAAGUCCUUAGUACUUAAGAGAUCGCCGAGUGUCGCAAGUAUCCCGGCUCCACCACCCGUCAAUCCGGAUUCCAAGGUUAGAUGGAAUGACGACAAGCUCUAUACUGUCCGAGUCAUUCCGCGGCUACCAGAAGACGAAGAUCUUUUCUAUACAACGGACGAAAUCAAAUUAUUCCGCUUUGAAAAAUUCAUGGACGACAAUGCCGAUGAAUUUGAGGUCGUCGAUGAUGAAGAAUGGGAAGAAGAAGAGAUCAUUGAAGACGACGACUAUUCCAUCGAAUCCUUUGACGACGAAAGCUACUACUCGCAAGAUGAAUCUGUCAAAAGCGGACGAUCCUUUCGGCGAAGUUCCGAUGGGGCUUUUGCCUCAAAUAAAAAGGGGUGGAGCUAUGACGAAUCAAUGUUUGAAAUUAAACCAUUGGAAGCUGCUGCGCCAGCCAGCACCAAUGAAAACGAGGCGAAACCCAUUGAGUCCAAGCCAGCUUCUGUGGAUACCAUUUUCCGCGAGCGAAGUCCUAACACUGAGGACAAAACGGAUCUCACCAGUCAAGCGUCAGCUAACAUUUUGGAUGAUCUAAUUGACCAAGUGGAUGCUCUGAUCAAACGAAAGACUUCCGAAUUUGAACCGACGCCGUCCAUGGCGAAAGAAAGCGCAACUGCAAGUAGGGGUUUGCCUGAAAUGAACAUCAAAAGCGAUCAGCAAGCACCAGACGAGGAUCCUGCGAGUGAGCCAAACGAAUCACUCGCGGCCUUGGCAGAUGAUGAAAUCCAAGAGUUGCGGCGAACAUUCCAUGCUUUUGAUACCAAUGGUUCAGGGUACAUUGAACACGACGAAUUGAAGGCGAACCUCAAAACUGUUGGUUACAAUAUCAACGAAGAAGGUAUCGAUAAUUUGCUUUCAAUGGUUGAUUCCAAGGAUGGCAGACUCAAUUUCGAAGAGUUCAUUGCUUGGAAUCGUGUUCUCUGGAAGGAUGAUAUGAAUGAAAAGUUCAAGGCAAUUGACGCUAAGAACCGAGGCUAUAUCGAUCAGAGUCAGCUUAAGGCAUACGUUGUUGACCUGGGCCAUGGCUUUACCGACGAGGAACUGGAAGAACUGUGCUACGAAAUGGAUCCAGAGGGGAACGAUAGAAUCCUGUUGGACGGCUUCAUCAAUGUCAUGGCUGCAUCUCGAGCUGGCAAUUCGUACUGCGUGGUGAAUGGGGAGCUAUACAUCGAAAAGCUAAAGACUGACUUUCAAUCAAUGGACACUGACGACACUGGGUACAUUACAAGGGAAAAUUUGCAAGAAAUGGCGACACAAUCUGAUUAUAUCUUAUCGGAGAAAGAGUUGGACGAAACCAUGAAGGAAUUGGAUCUUGACGGAAAUGGUCAAAUCAGCAUUGAUGAAUUCAUUGCGGCCUCCGUUCGAAUCAAAGAUCCGUCGGCUGCAGAGGAGCCGGAUCAAUCCAGUAGUAGCGAUGGGUUCGCAAGCGGAAAGGGCGGCAUUCAUAGGUUGUCAGAGAGUAGAAUGUCCCUACUAGAUGAAGGAAAAGGUGGGCUGGAAACCGUUUUGGAGUCGAAACAGGAGCAUCAAGCCACGGAGGCAGAGAAGUAUCGCCAGAUGAUAGCAAGACUUGAAGCCAGAGAGAAAUCAUCCAAAAGUGAAGCAGGUGACGAUGAAGAAACUCCAAAGGCUUCACCCAAGUCUUCGAUCGCCAGCACAUCCGAAACUGAAGCAGGUGAUGAUGAAGAAAUUCCGAAGGCUUCACCCAAGUCGUCGAUCGCCAGCACAUCAGAAAAUACUGAAAACUCGGUCCAUAGCAAGGUCGCAGCUACGGGAGCCAAGGAAAAAAAUACACUCUCCAAUUUCUUUGGAAGAACAUCCCAAAAUCAGCAAGCAAUACGACAGGGUAGCAAAAGUUCGCUCUCCUACAUCGAUCAGAAGAGAACUGUUGAAAUGAACAAAAGCAAUGAGGUUUCCUUGGCCGACCUGUCAGUACUGACCAGCGAUGUCUUUGGUUCCGACAGUUAUUCUGUACUACCAUCACCCGACGUGAAAGAGCAACAACAGACGGAAUCUACCAAAGUGGCGCCCGGAACUGAGGCAUUCAAGAAUAUUGUUGACAAUGUUCGAACAAAGAUAGGAGCUCUAGCAGCAGAGGACACACCAAGUGAGGCGGAUGGAAACGAGACAAAGAAAACGGAGGAAGUUUUUGUUCCCCCGGCAAACACGAGAAUGUCGAGCAUUACUGUCGACGAGACCCUGAAAAACUUGGACGACACCCCCGACAAGACAGAGGAGAGGAAGACUGCUUCUGCCCCUGCACCAGAACCUGCUGCUAAAAUUCCCGAUAUCUUCAAAGAGAGGGCCAAGGCUCCUGCACCAGCACCUGUCGUCCCCAAUGCCUUCAAAAAGAAGUCCCAAUUUCUUCGAGAGUCUGAUUCCAAAAUGCCAAAGAAAAAGGCAAUAUUAAAACGAGAAUCCACAGGUGGCUCCAAGUCGUCCAUGUCCAUGGACGAUUGGAGCAGUGAUGGCGGCGGUGACGAAACCGAUACCCCACGAUCUAGCAGACGCCAAGAAAGUCAAAAUAACGAUCCCAACAAUGCCAGUCUCCCCCUCAUCAUAAUGGGCGACAAGCUCGAAGCGGACAAAGAAGCAGGAGUGGAUGGAAUCGCUCCCAAAAAGAGACGGCGCAAGAGACGAACCUCCAAGAAAAAACCCGAACGAGAACCCAAUUUGGAUCCCCAGUUCCUUCGGGAUACCUUCAAACAACGCAUUCGCAAACUUAUUUCUCUGAAUCGUUUCUUCCAACAAGCCACCGAUGCCAAAUUUGACAAGGAAAUGGGUACCGAUCGCAAGUCUUUUGCGACAACUGGUAGUGGAUUGUCGUUACUAAACAAGUUGAGUGCCAGUGACAUUACCGAAAUGGACGAGCUGUAUGACAGCGAUGAUUCGGAUGGCGAGACGGACGAGGUUGGCAGCAUGGUUUCCUUUGGUUUGAGUGGUGUUACUAAUGCGGCAAAUGCUCAUGCUGGUGGUCGAGGAUUGAACCGUGAAUUGUCAACCAUGAGCAUGCAAUCCACCACCUGUUUUAUUCCUCCUGCCAUAAGUGCUCAACCCAAACGUAGUUCCGUCAUGACCCAAGAACGGAAGGAAGCACGAGCUGGCAUCAACGUUGGGUUCAAACCCGAAAGCAAGAUGCUCAAGGUGAAAUUGGUUCCAUUCCUUACCGACGAACAGACCCAAGAAUUCUUUUGGACGGAACAAGAAUUGAAGUUAUUUCGUUUCGAAAAGUUUAUGGAAGACAAUUCCAAUGAAUUUGCAUUGGUGGAUGACGAUGAAGUCGAAUAUGAAGAGGAGGAAUUCGAAGAGGUUUCUUGGGUUUCUGGUGAUGUUAGCUAUGACGAAGUUAGCUAUGAGGAAGAAACCAUUGCCGAGGAUUGA